AAGUCUGAGAGAGUGAGACAGCUUCAGAAGAAGAUUUUUUAUUGUAUUUUUUUGUCUUCCAGGAGUUUUUCAUCAGCUGUUGUUGUUGUUGUUGUUGUUGUGGCAUCCAUGGCUUCCAGCAGCGGCCUCUUUUCUCCAGACCACUUCCUGUGCUCCAUCUGCCUGGGGGUGUUCGUCCAGCCCGUUUCCACCCCGUGUGGACACAACUUCUGCCUGUCCUGCAUCGCGUCCUACUGGGACACCACCGUCCACCAGUGCUGCUGUCCCAUCUGUAAGCACAGGUUCCACCACAGACCCGAUCUCAAGGUCAAUACUUUCAUUUCUGGACUGGCUGAGCAGCUCACAUUGCUCCAGGUGACAGAUGUUCCCACGUGGAGCUCAGACCAACAGCAGCAGCAGAAGAAGGUUCGCUCUGGGAAUACAGUGAUGUGUGAUAUUUGCACCGACGACCAGCGAGAGGCCGUCAGAUCCUGCUUUCAGUGUCUGAGCUCUUAUUGUCAAAUCCACCUGGAGCCUCAUGAGAGAGUUCCUGGACUGAAGAGACACACAUUGGUCCAACCUUUGACCGAUCUAGAAGACCGAAUCUGCAAGGAGCACAGUAAAGUCCUCAUGUUCUUCUGCAGGGAUGAAGAGAUUCUGCUGUGUAGCACCUGUGCAGAUUCACACACCCCCACCCACCACCAUGUGACUCCCAUUGAGGAGGCAUUCACGUCCAUGAAGGUUCAGCUGGGGAACGAGGAGGUGAAAGUCCAGGAGCUGAUCUGUGAACGGGAGCAGAAGGUCAGCAAAGUCCAAGAGCUGUUAAAGCGUCACACGAAGGAGACCGAAGACGUGAAAGCAAAGUGCACUCAGGAUUUGAUGGAGCUGGUGCAAAAGAUCCAAAAGAACCAGGAGGAGUUGGUGAGGGUGAUGGAGGAAAAGAAGAAAGCAGCAGAGAAGGAAGCAGCUGAUGUUCUGAACAGGAUGGAGCAGGAGAUGACGGAGCUGCAGGAAACAGCGCAGAAGCUGAGGGAGCUGAAACAGACCCAGGACCAGCUGGUUUUCCUGCAGAAGUUCUCAUCAGUGCGACCCCUUGGACUGUGCACCGUGGACUUAUCUACGAUGAGAUGUAACAGCCAUGAGAAAAUGCAACAGAUCAGGACGUCUCUGAGCAGGACUGUGUCUCAGCUGCAGACGUGCGUGGACGACAUGGACGCCGAUGUAAAUAUGUUCUCAGACGGAGGCGGUGCGUCAAGCAGGACCACUUUAAGGUACGCACAGCAGUACGAGGUGGACUUUGUGCUGGACCCGGACACGGCUCACCCCUUCCUCAGUCUGUCCGAUGACAGGAAACAGGUCCGAUACACUGGUGUGAAGGUGGACCCGACCUCCAACCUGGACCAGUUCACCGAACACCUGGCCGUUCUGUCGGUCCGAGGCUUCGUAUCCUGCAAGUUCUACUUCGAGGCGUUUGUGGGUUCAAAGACCGAGUGGUGUUUGGGGGUGGCCGCAGCGUCGGUCCAGAGGAGGGGGCCCAUCCUUCCAGGCUCUGGAUGUGGACUCUGGGCCCUGUGGUUCCUGGAGGAUAAGUUUGAAAGUUUCAGCGCCCCUAACAGGCCGGUCCAAUGGGGCAAAGUGGACCGGGUCGGGGUGUUUGUGGAUUACAAUGGGGGUCAAGUGUCAUUUUGGGAUGUGAGGAGGACCACAGUUCUGUAUUCGUUCAGGGGGUGUGUGUUCACUGAGGAGCUCUACCCCUAUUUUAACCCCUGUGAUAAUGAAUAUGGAUCAAACCUGGAUCCAAUUGUUCUAGUUCCAGUCAGUCGACCUCACUGAACUCUGCAGCUGAAAAGGACAAAGACUUAGUAACAAGUAGGGUUGUGUACGGGCAAGAAUGGGGUGAUAUGAUAUAAAUCACAAUACUAGAACCCAAGGUUAUUAUUGUUAAUGAAAACGAACGAAAUGACGAAAACUAGACUUGUAAAAACAUUUUCAUUAACUGAAAUAAAUAAAAACUAUAAUUAA